AUGCAGUUCAUUCGAUUUGUCACGCUCAUCACCAGCUUAGUUUUGGUUCCGGCCUUCACAUUGGCCAGCUGCCAUUUUAAGCACUAUGCCCCGCGGAACAAAACGGCUCUUGCGACCUGUAUCCCAAGUAUGAAGCCCUCCCGCGUAGAUAAUUCGAACUGCGGUAGUGUGAAGUGGUACUUGUCUCAAAGUGCUUGGGCGAGUACAGACGACUGUUACAAUCUAUGCGCCUCUUGUCUCUUCAGUGGCAUUUCAGCUGGCGCUUCGGAGGUUUCUUGUCGAAAACGAAGUCUGUUUGCACAUUGUCAUGUCGGAUACUUUUAA